CGCUGCUACACAUUCCAGACGUGGUGUGACAGAUUGUGAGUCAACGAAGCCUGUUUGUUUCCCAAUUACUCCACUCUUUUGUUAUUUUAGCCAACCCCAUUCAUACUUCUUCUCCUGCAGCUUUUUGUAAUUUGUUUCUUCCUCUCUCUGUCUUGAGCCUUCUCUACUGCAUACAUAUAGAAGAAUGACAGAAAAUCUUGGCACAGCAUGCCCGUAUAUUAUCAUCUCGCUGUUGCUUAUUCUGUUUCUCGCCAACUUUUUUCAUCAUAAGACGAAGAAAAAUUCAGCAACAACUAAGUUACCUCCUGGAAGAAGAGGGUGGCCUAUAGUUGGUGAUAGCAUCAGCUGGUAUAAUGCUGUUGCGAGUCCUCAUCCCCCGAGUUUUGUUGAGCAACAAGUUGAAAGGUUUGGCAAGAUAUUCUCAUGCAGUCUGUUUGGUAAAUGGGCAGUUGUAUCGGCCGACCCAGCAUUCAACCGAUUUGUGAUGCAAAAUGAAGGGAAACUAUUCCAGUCCAGCUACCCAAAAUCUUUCAGAGAUUUGGUGGGUAAAAAUGGGGUCAUCACCGCACAGGGAAACCAGCAAAGAAAACUUCACUCCAUUGCUUCCAAUAUGAUGCGGCUGGAGAAGCUCAAGUUUCAUUUCUUGCAGGACAUACAGAAUGUUAUGAAAAAGAUGAUCACCCAUCUCCAUGACAAUCAAGUUGUUCUUCUCCAAGAUGUUUGUAGGAAGGUGGGCUUCCAUUCAACCCUUGAUUUUUUUACUAAAUUCACACUUAUGUCGUCUGAAUAUAUUGAUAUAUCCCUUCAGGUAGCAAUUAAUUUGAUGGUCAAUCAACUCCUCGGAGUCUCUUCUGAAUCGGAAGUGAAUGAGAUAGCUCAGUUGUUUUCUGAUUUUGCUGACGGUUGUCUUUCGGUUCCCAUCAACUUACCAGGCUUCGCCUAUCACAAAGCAAUGAAGGCACGCGAGAGUAUAAUAAGCAAGAUCAACAGGACAAUGGAGAUUCAUCGACGCAAAUCAUCUGCAGCAGUCGGUAAUGGUGUCCUGGGAAGGCUACUAGAGGAAGAGAGCUUACCUGAUGAUGUUGUUGCUGACUUUAUUAUUAACCUUCUCUUUGCUGGAAAUGAGACUACAGCCAAAACCAUGCUCUUUGCUGUUUAUUUCCUCACACAAUGUCCAAGAGCAAUGAAGCAAUUGCUGGAUGAACAGCAGAGCCUAAGAAGGGAAAGCGGGGAGAUGCUAAGUUGGCAAGACUAUAAAGCUAUGCCUUUCACUCAAUGCGUAAUUGAUGAGACUCUACGACUAGGUGGGAUUGCAAUUUGGUUGAUGAGAGAAGCCAAAGAAGACGUGGAAUACCGAGAUUAUAUAAUUCCGAAAGGAAGCUUUGUGGUACCAUUUCUUUCAGCAGUGCAUCUAAGUGAAAGUGUGUAUGAGGAUGCUCUGAGUUUCAACCCCUGGAGAUGGUUGAAACAGGAGAAUCAGGAGAAGAGAAAUUGGAGGAGCAGUCCAUAUUUUGCACCGUUCGGGGGUGGGGGUCGGUUUUGUCCGGGGGCAGAGUUAGCUCGCCUUCAGAUUGGGCUCUUCCUUCAUUACUUCCUCACCACGUUCAGGUGGAGGCAGGUGAAGGAGGACCAGAUGUCUUUCUUUCCAUCAGCUCGAUUGGUGAAUGGCUUUCAGAUACAAAUCACCAAACUCUGCAAUCAUUCCCUCACCCAUAUCAAUUGAAGAUAUACAGAUUGUUGUUUGUGCUGUGCUGUGCUGUGUGUCUGUCUGUGUGCCAUCAUGCUUGCUGCUCUUUCAAUUAGAAUUCCAACUGCAAAUAUAUAUAUAUAUAUAUACAUACACAAAAUGUUGGGGAUGUACGCUGUGUCAACUAUUUACAACCAAACCCAUUAUUACGAUAAUCAACUUUAUUCCUCUUUUUGCUACAGACAUAUUGGAACUUUGUGUAAGCAAGUAAUAAUUUAAGACAAUCAAUUUAUGGAAUAUCUAAAUCUAUAUAUCUGCAGAUAUAUGUAACCAAAUUCAGAAUCAAUUUCAAAUUUUUAAUCAGUCAGCAGAUUCCAUCUCAAGCAAAUCAAAUUCAAGUUGAGCACAGUUCAAGAUUGAAUCAUUCAUAGUCCUCCACCAAUCAGGUUUAGGAGACGCAGAAUCGAAAUCCCCAAGAAAGACCUCAAAACAGAGAAUUAAUUCGGAGGACAGGGAGAUGAGGAUUGGAUUGUGACUCCGGAGCCAUUCAUCACUGCCACCAGUAGUUGAAGCACAAGUACUCCACAAAACAAAUAUACUCGGAGAAGCAAUACAAAGAGUGGGAAACAAACAUCAUGUGGAAAAGAUGAAUUACUGCUGCCAAGUUAUUUUCUGUAUGUAGCACGUACUAUGCAAUGAGUUAAUAAACAACAUUGGCUGCACAAUUACAUGUCUUUUUGUUGAAGUUCAUGCCUUGCAGCUGCAGCUACCUGUACCUGAGAGUGAAACAGAAGCUUCAACUCCAGUGACCAUGGCUUAUGUGUUUGCAGAGUCUUCAGUUGCUUUCAUUGACGCAGGGUAGCAGAUGACUCAUUUAUUCUGUAUUCUAUUGGACCAAGUCAUGUCAUGUGUGGCGAGUUAGUUAGAGUCAGUUGGCUUCUACAUCUCGUACUUAAACACGGUUACCUCCAUAGCUGCGGUAACAACAGAAUUUUACACAAGCUUAAUACAAUUUUCAUGGCUUCCUCUGCGUACUUCUUCCUCCCCAUUUCUCACUCUGAUACUUUCUACAUGGUAUCAGAACUUUUCUUGUGAAGGUCUCUGCAUACUGAGGUGUUUUGUUUUGGUUGAUUUCCUCGAUAUGGCGAAUCAAAAUGCAGCU